UGAGCAGACUUUGGGUAAAGCAUUCAUGUUGUCAAGCAAGGGGAAUUACCUUUGUUACAGAUAAAAAUGCCACCUUUUGUUUGUUCCUUUUUUUUCAACCCGCCACUUUUAGUAUCGUAAAAAAGAGCUCAGUCAGCUGAAUCCCCCACCCACCUUGCGUCGUACUCUGAAACAAACGUGCCAUUUAUAGCUUAGCCGCACCCCUCCUCCCCGCGUCCCCUUGGUUGCGCCCGUCCCUCGUUUCUCUGACGCGGGUGCGCGUCCUCUCGUGACGUGCGCGCGCGCGCCCGCGCCUGUCGUUUAAAACAGUCGCGAGCGGAACCGAGUCGCACACAGGAGCGUGAAGAUGGCAUCGCGUUAGCGUCGAAAAGCGUAGCGUGCGUUUGUAACCAGGCCCAAAACCGAAUUUUACUGUCCUCCUUCGAGUUUUUCCAUCGUUUCCUGGCGCGAUUUAGCUUGGCAGUGUACUCCACGUUUCAGCUGAGGCGUUCACGGACAUCGCUUGCAUGAGACUCCUGCGGCCGCCAGCAAAUGUUGACCGUCGUGUGUUUGAAGGCCGUCGCUCUGCCGCUUGAAGGAGACCCAUUUGAUCUUCUUCCAGAGACAAAGCAGCCAAGGCGACUUGCGCAACUGCGUCCGGAGAAGGAAGGCUGACCACGGGCGGCGUGGACACGUUGCUUGGGGCGCCAUGUCGGCGGGCCCCUUCCACCUCAUGCAGAGCCUGAAGAAGUCGCCGGGCGCGCUGCGCCGCCACUUCCGCCGCGACCGCACCGAGUCGCUGUCCCACGGCGACCCGCUCUUUAAGGUCCACUACCUGGGCACGGAGAAGAUCUUCUCCCUGGAUCGGGAGCAGGCGCGGGACGCCAUCGGCCGCCUGCUGGCGGGCGCGGCCGGCGCCAAGAAGCUGAGCAAAGACCACGCGCUGGUGGUGCGGCCCCGCUACGUGGAGGUCAAGGAGCUCAGCACGGGCCGGCAGCUGGCCAAGACGUACCUGCGGGACAUCGCGUACUGCGCCGCCGACGCCGAGCGCCCCAACCUCUUCCUGUACAUCUGCAAGCACCAGGGCCAGCAGCUGCAGUGCCGCGUCUUCUGGUGCAAGCGGGCCGAGCGGGCGCGGGACAUGGCGGGCUGCCUGGCGCGCUCCUUCCAGCGUGCGCUGAGCGAGUGCCAGAGGGAAGGCUCGCCGAGCGCCUGCGACGCCGCCAAAAGCUGCACGCUACCUGCCGCCCUGGGCAAAGUCCGCUGGCGGAAAAGCGUGUCCCGAAGCCCUCUCCGAGCCCGAGGCUCCGUCUCUGACAGCUGGAGCUGAAGCCUCAAAGGAGCGCGUGUCCCCAAGCCAUUGGCGCUUCCAAACGGCUGCCGGAGCGAGCGCCGGCCGUCGUGCUUUUUGCUCCUCCCUCAAAGUGACUUGCAUCGAGUUUUGCCAUCCCACCAACCGGCAAGUAAUGCUCAACAGUCCACAUUGCAAAUUU